UCUAUAGCCUUCUUAAAAUAUUGACUUUGUAGAAUGAAGAGUAAUCCACUGGGUCCCACUACAAGAUGGAAAUGUCCGCUCCAAGCACACCCGCAGCAGAUCUGAUUCUGCAAUCGCCACCACUGCCGCCCCCAUCUUAACCGCCACGACCACCGCACGGAGAUGGCUUUCUCCUCCCGCAGCGGAGGGCGAUGGUGGUCGCACUACCUCCUCCCCACUUCCAAGCCUUCGUCGAAGCAGCCCCGCAAGUCCCGCAAACGGACCGCCAUUAAAGAUUUCCUGCUCGCCAACUUCUUCGCCAUCGGCCUCUCCCUCUGCCUCCUCCUCUUCCUUCUCGUAGUCUUCUACAGCUACGGCGUUCCCAAACCACUGCUCUCCUCUCACUUCCGUUCCGCCCGAACCCGUUUUUCCCGGACCCGGAAGCCCGCUUACAGGAAAUCCCCAGCUGGCGAUGCCGUUUCCGGAGCUGUAGUCGAUAUAACGACCAAGGGUUUAUACGAUAAGAUUCAAUUCCUCGAUGAAGAUGGCGGUGCUUGGAAGCAAGGUUGGAAUGUGAUUUACCAAGGAAAUGAGUGGGAUUCGGAGAAGCUGAAGAUUUUUGUGGUUCCACAUUCGCAUAAUGAUCCGGGUUGGAUUCGCACGGUUGAGGAAUAUUAUGAUCAACAGUCCAGGCAUAUCCUUGACGCCAUUGUUGAAACACUUUCAAAGGAUGUUCGCCGCAAGUUUAUAUGGGAAGAGAUGUCUUUUUUGGAGAGAUGGUGGAGAGAUGCCUCAGCUGCAAGUAAAGAAUCCUUCAUCAAUUUAGUACAGAAUGGACAACUAGAAAUCGUCGGAGGUGGUUGGGUGAUGAAUGAUGAGGCUAAUUCACAUUAUUUUGCAAUCAUAGAACAGAUAACAGAGGGUAAUAUGUGGCUCAAUGAAACUUGUGGCGUUGUUCCCAAGAAUGCAUGGGCGAUAGAUCCUUUUGGAUAUUCUUCAACAAUGGCAUAUCUCUUACGCCGCAUGGGUUUCGAGAAUAUGCUUAUACAGAGGACACAUUAUGAAUUGAAGAAGGAAUUAGCUUUGCACAAAAAUUUAGAAUUCAUAUGGAGGCAGAGCUGGGACGCAGAAGAAACAACUGACAUGUUUGUCCAUAUGAUGCCCUUUUAUUCCUAUGACAUUCCACAUACUUGUGGGCCCGAGCCCGCAAUCUGUUGUCAGUUCGACUUUGCUCGAACCUAUGGCUUCUCAUACGAGCGCUGCCCUUGGGGAGAAUUUCCACAGCAGACUACACCAGAAAAUGUGAAAGAAAGAGCACUUAAGCUGUUGGAUCAAUAUAGAAAGAAGUCAACACUAUAUCGUACAAAUACUCUUCUGAUUCCACUAGGAGAUGAUUUCCGCUAUGUUAGCGUUGAUGAGGCUGAAGCUCAGUUCAAGAACUACCAACUUUUGUUUGAUUAUAUCAAUUCUGAUCCAGGCUUGAAUGCAGAAGCCAACUUUGGUACAUUAGAAGAUUUUUACAGAACUCUGCGUGAAGAGGCUGAUAGGGUGAAUUAUUCUCGUCCAAAUGAAGUUGGGUCUGGUGAGAUUGGUGGGUUCCCUUCUCUCUCAGGCGAUUUUUUUACUUAUGCUGACAGAGAGCAAGAUUACUGGAGUGGUUAUUAUGUAUCCCGUCCGUUCUUCAAGGCUGUUGACCGUGUGUUGGAGCAAACCCUUCGCGGUGCUGAAAUGAUGAUGGCUUUCCUACUUGGAUACUGUCAGAGAGCACAAUGCGAGAAAUUACCCACCGGAUUUUCCUAUAAGUUGACAGCCGCUAGGAGGAAUCUAGCACUGUUCCAACAUCAUGAUGGGGUAACUGGUACAGCCAAGGAUCAUGUGGUUAAUGAUUAUGGGAUGAGAAUGCACAUGGCUUUGCAUGAUCUUCAGAUUUUCAUGUCAAAGGCCAUUGAGGUGUUGCUCGGGAUUCACCAUGAGAAAAACGACCACAACCCAUCUCAGUUUGAGCCCGCACAAGUGAGAUCGCAAUACGAUGCACAGCCGGUGCAUAAAGCCAUGGCUGCUCGUGAGGGAACUGUGCAGUCUGUGGUGAUCUUCAAUCCACUAGAGCAGACAAGAAAUGAGGUCGUAAUGGUCAUUGUUGAGAGGCCAGAUGUGACGAUCUUGGACUCAAAUUGGACAUGCGUGAGAAGCCAAAUAUCUCCCGAGAUACAACAGACCUACAACAAGGAGGAUGAGACAUUACUCUCUGGCAGACACCGUGUGUAUUGGAAGGCUUCGGUUCCCCCAUUAGGGUUGCAAACUUACUAUGUCGCCAAUGGAUUUGCCGGAUGUGAAAAGGCCAUACCAGCACAGGUAAAAUGGCUCACACCUUCUUCCAAUGUUUCUUGCCCUGCGCCAUAUUCUUGCUCAAGAUUGGAAGGUGAUGAAACAAAAAUCCGUAAUCGACAUCAGACGCUUACAUUUAGCUUGAAGGAAGGAGUGCUACAGAGAGUGGAUUAUACCAAUGGCCACCAAAGCAUUAUCAUCGGCGAGGAAAUAGGGAUGUACUCCAGCACUGGGAGUGGAGCUUACCUAUUCAAACCAGACGGCUAUGCUGAGCCCAUUUCCCUAGCUGGUGGAUCAAUGGUUAUCUCGGAAGGACAUUUGGUGCAGGAGGCUUACUCAUUCCCAAAGACAAAAUGGGAUAAAGCUCCACUUUCCCAUAGCACCCGCAUAUAUGAUUUUGGUGGCAGUGAUAGUUCCUCGAUACAGGGAAACAUCAUAGAGAAGGAGUACCACGUUGAGCUUCUUGGCAGUGAUUUUAACAACAAAGAGCUGAUAGCCAGGUACAAGACUGAUAUUGACAACCAAAAGGUUUUUUAUUCUGAUUUGAAUGGGUUCCAGAUGAGCCGCCGAGAGACAUAUGAUAAGAUCCCUGUUCAAGGAAACUAUUAUCCUAUACCAUCUCUUGCUUUUAUGCAAGGGCCAAAUGGACAGCGCUUCUCCAUCCAUACCCGGCAGUCUUUGGGUGUGGCAAGUCUUAAAGAUGGAUGGUUAGAGAUCAUGCUUGAUAGGCGAUUACUGAGGGAUGAUGGGCGCGGUCUUGGACAGGGGGUCAUGGACAAUCGCCCUAUGAAUGUUCUUUUCCACAUCCUUGUGGAGCCUUCUUCUUCUUCUUCUUCUUCUUCUUCUUCUUCUUCUUCUAACAGUUCAAAAACUGCUGCAACUACAUCUCCUUACCCUCUAAGCCCUUCCCUUUUAUCCCAUCUCAUCAAUUCCCACUUAAACUACCCCCUCCACACAUUCGUGGCCAAGAAAGCUCGCGAAAUCUCUGUACAGCCUCCCCCCAGAUCCUUCUCUCCGCUAGCAGCGAACUUGCCCUGUGACCUACACAUUCUAAGCUUCAAGGUCCCUCGACCUCUGAAAUAUCCCCAGCAGCAGCAGCAGCCCUUGCCACCAAACAAUGAAGACCCUAAGUUUGUUCUCACCCUCCAGCGGCGACAUUGGGACUCUUCGUAUUGUCGAAAGGGGGGCAGGUCUGAUUGUUCAACUGUUGCCGAGGUGCCAGUUAACCUGUUUGACACAUUCAAAGGUCUAGCUGUUUUGAAUUUGAAACCCACGUCUUUGAACCUUCUGCACGAAGAUACUGAGAUGCUUGGUUAUAAUGGGCAUUUCGCAGAUGGGGCCCGUGAAGGCCACGUCCUCAUAUCUCCAAUGGAAGUACAGUCUUACAAGUUGGACCUACGUCCGAAGUAGAACGUGAUGAUUACAAAGUUUUUAUCAAGGUUUUCUUCUUCUUUAUAUGUUAGAGAGAUACACUGUGUUAUAGGCCGGGCUCGGAACGAAGAAAUGAAAAAUCCAGGGGUCAAAUCGCAAAUAGGCAUAAACAAAGGUGCUGAGAAGUGAGAAGAAGGUAAAGCUGAGUUGGUGCUUUUUUUUCUCUCCUCUUCCAACUCAUUUCCUGCAAGGAUCAGUCUUUGGCUUUUGUAUUUGCACUUUUUACCCUCUUUUUUUUCUCCUUAUGCAGUAGUAUUAGGCUCUUAUGAGUUAGGUAGGACUUGAUGAAGUUAACUAAUGACACCAAAUUUUAUAGGUAAUGCAAAUCUAGCCAAAUCAUAUACUCUGUAUUGAUUGCAUCGUAGUUAUUACGUUCU